GACGUAUGAUGGAUGUGAGAAUGGAGGAAAACAGUGAGGGCAAACUUGUAAUUUAAAUUGAAGAUGAAGAAGAUAUUCCCUGUGAAGCGGGAGCCCAUCCCAAAAAUAUUUUUGUGGCAACGGUUCCUUUUCCACGAAAAUCAGACUCCUUUUCCAUCUCCCUUCUUUUCUUUCUUCCAAGAAACAAACACCGUUGCUUGUUUUCUUCUACCUCCAGAACCAACAGCAUUAAACCAUAAGCAGUUAAAGCAAAUUUCUUUCAAGAGCUAAAGCGAAACCUUUGUUCUCAGUUAAAUGGCUCAAUUCACACCACAAGGUCGUCUGAAGCUGCACUUUCAUGGAGAGAGUGUGGAACCCAAAGACCCUUCUCAUUACAAGCUUAUUAGCAACGUUUUUUGUGGUUCUUUUAAGCUAAGAUCAGUUCAAGUUCGUAAGGGGAUUACUGGGAGGCUCUAUUUUCCUUCUCAUUCCAUGAAGAAUGGCUGCAAAUUUUAUGCGAAGGCACGUUUGGAUGUGGAAGAUGAAGCAAUUUAUGACGAGGAUGAUUAUGAUAGUGAGUUCGAGGCUGAUGAUUUGGCUUGUUUCAGAGGUCUUGUUUUGGAUAUCUCUUACAGGCCAGUAAAUGUUGUCUGCUGGAGGCGAGCUAUAUGUUUGGAGUUCAUGGAAAAGGCUGAUGUUCUAGAAUAUUAUGAUCAGACUGUGAACUCCCCAAGUGGAUCCUUCUAUAUACCAGCCGUAUUAAGGGUUCGCCAUCUAUUGCAAGUUGUUAAGAGAAGAAGAAUCAGAACCAAUCUUAGCCGCAAAAAUAUUCUGUUUAGGGAUAAUUUCACUUGUCAGAUCUCUUACAAAAGAGGUUUUGGUUUUGUGAAAAGGUAUUGUUCAGCUCCUGACAACUUGACCAUAGAUCAUGUUCUGCCUGUUGCAAGAGGAGGGGAAUGGAAGUGGGAAAAUCUGGUCGCUGCUUGUGCCAAAUGCAAUUCAAAGAAGGGUCAGAAAACUCUGGAGGAAGCUUAUAUGAAGCUGAUUAAAGUCCCCAAGGCCCCAAAGGAUUACGACAUACUUGCCAUACCCUUAACAAGUUCAGCAAUGAGGAUGUUGAGGAAGAGAAAUGGAACACCUCAAGAAUGGCGUCAAUAUCUCCCCUGAGCUGUAGAAAUCCAUCUACACUUGUUAGUCGGAUCUGAGUGUGGAUGUCCAAUGACAAGGGUGUGAUUUUCUCAAGUUCUUCAAUAUAUUUGGAAGAUCUUUAGAGGUCAUAACAUUAUAUACUCGUAUCUGGAUAAACCUCUGACAUUGAUACU